AUGCCGCGCCUUCGCUACAACGUCGCAGCAAGUCUCGACGGCUACAUCGCAUCACCCGACGGUUCAACACCCUGGAUCAUCGAAGAUCCCACCAUCGACUUCUCCUCACUAUACGCUGAAUUUGACUACUUCAUCAUGGGCCGCAAGACAUACCAGGUCAUGCAAUCCUUCGGCGCUGAUAAUCCACUAUCCAAGCGCCCCAAAGAAUCAGUCAUAGUAGCCAGUCGCACCAUGUCCCAGAACCAUUUCCCCAAUGUCACAGUCAUACAAGAGAACGUACUCGAUUACAUCAGACGCCUGAAAAUAAGUGACGGGAAGGAUAUCUGGCUAAUGGGCGGUGGUCAUCUCGCAGCCCAGUGUCUAGAAGCUCAUCUAGUGGACACCGUCGAAAUCGCUAUAAUGCCCACGCUUCUCGGCACCGGAAUAAACCUCAUCUCAUCCAUAUCCCAAAAUACAAAACUCCAGCUGCUAAACAGCACGAGCCUCGGCAGUGGAAUCCUCAUGACUCAAUACAAAGUCAUACAAAACCAAUAA